AAGUAAAAAACUAUCUGUGCAAAGUGUAUUUCUUAAAAUUAGAUCUAGGUCUAAAUCCUUUCGAUCUUUUCUCAUGUCAACAUUGUUAACCAUGGCCUAGAUCCGUAAAUACUAUAGCUUUAUAGAGUCGGACAACUUUAUUUUUUUUGAGGGUCUUAAGUUUGUUUUAGGGCUACAAAACAUACAUUACGGUCUAAGUUAGUACCCAAGGAACAUUACUGUUAAGUUUUAUCAAGAUUUGUCAAGCGGUUUUGAUUUCUAUUCGUCACAUACAUACAUACAUUUAUACAUACGCUUUACUUUCUAAUUUAUAGUAUAGAUUUCAUAAAGAUUAUUUAAAAGGCCAGAAUAUAUGUAAGCCCGACUGACUCAAAAAACCAUUUCUAAAGGGCCUGAAUAUUAUUUACUGGAGUCUUUUGGAGUAGUUUCAAUGCUUUGUGAGGCAAAGCAAAUAUGAUCAACUGGUGUCGUUAUUAGUCGCUAGAGAUACGUCCAUCUUUUUAAUAUGAAGUGUUACUUAGAGGUGGCAGACAUCGUUUUGAAAGUACAAAAAAUAGAACAAAUAAAGGAACUGUUACAAAAAGUAUUAGAAGAUAUUGACUCAACAAAGAAUAAAUGUACAUUGUGGAUAGAAGAAAAAGAGAAUUUGAGUUACACGGAAAUAAAAGAAUAUAUAAGGGACAAGUUCUCAGAAAUAUUACGAAACUAUUUUACCACUGCUGGAAUUACUAUAGGACAAUUAGCAGAUUCAUCUCAGUCUUCAGAACCAUCUGCUGAAGAAAACAGAACUAUACCUUUCAACACCUCAUCAUCCAGUUGUUUCGAUUAUCAGAGUUUGCAAGACAAGUAUGACACCCUAAGUUUAAAUGUCUCAUCACAAAGUAAACAAUUUAAAAAGCUUAAACGAAAGCUUAAAGAUCAAGAAACCAACAAUGAAUUUCUUGAAGAAAAACUUUUGAAGGUUACACAUGAUUUAGAAGGAAAGUUUGUGGAUUUUAGUAAAAAUUGUACACAAGAACUUCAUUUAGCUAGUAGUUUUAUGUCACAGCUACAAACUCAGUGCCAAACUUUGACUACAGAAUUUAAAGAGAAUGAAGAAAAACAAGAUACAAAGAUCAACGCUUUAAGUAAAAGGACAGAGGAAGUUGAACAAACUUAUCAAGAAAACAAUAAAACAACAGAAAUCUUCUUACAAAAACAAGAAUGUUUAGCCAAAGCUCUUGAACAUAUAAACAUUCUUGAGAAAGAAGUUGUAGAGGUAAAAGAAAAUCAGUAUAAACAAUUCAAAUCUGUACAAACUAUUGAGAAAGAAAUGAAGGUGAAAAGAUUUAAAAAAAUAUCAGAGUUUAUUUGUAAAGAAACAGGCAUUUUUGAUGUUCCUUGCGUUGCGGCCUGUCAUCAUAUCAUAGGUCAUCAUGAACAACAAAUAUCUGAAGGAGGAGAAGCUGAUCUAUAUAAUCAACUAGUUGACUGUUAUAAGAAUCCGAAUCAUUCAAAUUUUAUACCAGUGAAUGAAUUCAGGCUUGAACAUCUCCCUCCAGGUCACCAAAAUAAAGAUUUGUAUGAGUUCAUUAAAGUUGCAGCUGACAUGACAGUUAGAAUAAGUGUCAGUUUGACAAGUCUCGGCAGACCAGAAUUUUGGCCAAACACAAAUAUCCCAUAUUUUCUAUACAAUGUUAGAAGAAGUCAACAUUUCAGAACAGGAAGUGGAAUGGUGAUUAAAGUUAGGAAAGAAGUCAAAGAUACCUGUCCGUGUCGUAAGUGUAAACUUUCAGGGAAUCCAAACAAAGUUUGGUGGGCGAUAACAGUUCGGACAGCAGCCAGUGUUGUUUUCAAUACCCAAGAGGCUAGUCAUUCAACAUGCAGUUUGUUCUACGACACAGAAGAUAAUCCAGGAGUUGUUUUGAAAGACACAGAUCGUGUAAUUAAAAACACGGUUAAAGACUGGUGCCUUUUAGAUUAUGUAACCUGUAAUUACAAACUUGUAGACAAGCUUGAGAAUAUGGUGAAACAAUAUUACGUCCUAUAUAGAAAAAUAAACGAUAGAUACAAACCAAAAAGAGACAUCGAUAAGUUAAUGUUUCUUGUGUCGCAUCCACAUGGGUGUAGUAAACAAGUCAGCCUUGGGCAGUGGAAGAAUAAAGUGAAAUUAAAUGGCGAUUCUAAUAUGAUGGCCUAUUUCACACCGACUUGCCCUGGAAGUAGUGGCGCCUGUGUUCACUGUCUAGGGUAUGGAGUGUAUGUCCACUGUGGAAGUUUGACAUCUGGACUCAAUUAUAGUAAUGAGACUAUAUCAUUGCCUUAGGGUCAUAAAUCCAAAAGUGAAAUUUAAUUUCGAAUCCUUCAUUUUUAUUACGUUAUUCUUUCAAUAGUAGUAGAUCAUUAACAUAAUAAAUUCUGGUCUUACUAUUUUAAGAAAAUAUAUCAGCGGGCAUAACGGUUAUCCUUUGUUACAAAUUGUUUUAGCUUUUUUGGCAUGCAUAUGAAAAAUAUCUCUAAACAGCUUUUACUUUUUUGCUUAUUAUAUCUCACUCCUGUUUAAAUUUUUAACAUGCCAUGUAGUCUACAAUUGGACUAUUAGACUAUUACAUAAGAUCAUAAUGAAAUUACUAUUACACAAUUACUUUGGAUGGCUGGUUCUUAGAGACAGUAGAGUGCUGUAAUCAACUUGGGAAGUAUCAUAAAUAAAUAAAACAACUGCGUCAAAGCAAUGAUAAAGCAAUAGAGUCUAUUCCAGGCGUUUCAAGAAAUAUCUUUUCAACAAAAAAAUAAAUCAUAUUUCUACUCAACCUUUUCUAUAUGAUAAUAUGGAAAUGAGAUGUAGCUGAGAACAACUUAUACUGUAAUGAGAAAAACACUCAUUUUUAAUAUUUCGUUAUAAAUCCUUCACAUCUGCUGACCAGACCCUAAUAGCAUCAGACAUCCUGUAAUGAACCAGUCCUAUUCAAGUAUAAAGGCUUAUAUUGUAAUGCUGAUUGGAAUUUUAAAAUAUUUUGCGUUCAAGUGAUUUGCAGAAUCUCAUUUUUUUAAAUUAUGUUUUGCAAAGGAUCUAAUCUAGUCAACAAUUUUUUUUAGCUAAAAGCAAAGUAAUACAUUUUUAGAAUAUAAUGUUAGAGAUCUUUUUCAUGCCAGUGUACAUAUAUAACUAUUUUUCUCACAUAGCUAAUGUAAAUGCUUUUCUUCUUGAUAAUAAACAUUUCCCUAUACUCUUCUGCAA